AUGACCUACGAUUUUGCCAACAUGAUUCAUCAUACAUGCCGAAACGACUUUGCAAGUGGCCGUGCUGCAGCCGUAAGUGAUAAAUCCGUUUGCCUUGACCUGACAGAUGAAAUGAAGAGCUUCGUGGACGAACUAGUGGACACAACAGACGAGUCGCCUACCAAGAUUUGGGAGCUUACAUACCGAAAAUUUUACGAGAACUCUGUGGGCGUUAUCCGUGGUCUUAAUAAAAAGCAGAUUGUUACACGAAUUAACAAUGGCCGCGCUGCUCAGAACGGCAAGGACCUAUUUUCUAUGAUCGAGUCGCCAAGUAUGGCCAAAGUGAAGAACGAGGAGCUGGGUUUUCUCCAGUUAAACUGUACAUGGCUAGAUGACACAAAGAUCAAGCAAGAAAAGUCGGAGAUUGACCGACUGAUUGGGUGGGCCCACCCCGAACCACGGAAUCUCCUUCGCUACGAAGGCGAAGACUUGUUUGUUGAUGGCACAUUUCGUAGUGCACCAAAGGGAUAUCACCAAGUUGUCACGUUGAUGAUGUACGGCCCGCUGACCGAGUUGUUCGUUCCGCUAUUUUUCACUUUGACGACCUCUAAAACCCAGAACUCCUACUAA